UUAUAACCACCUUUGAAAAUGAACGCAAAAAAUCAUCACUACCAACCAUACCCACCGUUAAUUAUACGGUGGGCAAUCGUGAUACUUUGACAUCGGUGGCAGCACGUUUUGAUACUACUCCCUCGGAAUUGACACAUUUAAAUCGUUUGAAUAGUUCAUUUAUUUACCCCGGCCAACAGCUGUUGGUACCCGAUAAAAGUGCCAAGGAUAAUGUAUCGACCAGUUCUACAGAUGAUAAAAUUGGCGGUUCUAGUGCUUCGGGCAAAUCGAGUCCGAUUGAAAGAAAAUUAUCAGCUGAAGAGCAAAGUGAGGAUAUCUUAGAAAGUUUACGUCCUGGUUCACCAAAACCUGGACACAUUGAACGUGUGGAUGCCACCGGUCGUACAGAUGCCAAUAAAACCGAUGAUCCGGUUAUAACACAACGUUUCCUUAAAAUCAAUGUACGUCACAUAACCGAUGGUCAAGGUGUAGUGGGUGGUGUUCUCUUAGUAACACCCAAUGCGGUUAUGUUUGAUCCAAAUGUUUCGGAUCCCUUGGUUAUUGAACAUGGACCCGAAAGUUAUGGUGUUAUAGCUCCUAUGGAAUUGUGUGUUAAUGCUGCCAUCUUUCAUGAUAUAGCACAUAUGCGUGUAUCGGGCGGAGCAGCUGAUAAUUCGAAUACACAAUCGGAAAAACCAGAAAUUUAUUAUCCCAAAACAGUAUUAGAUGCCCAAAAGGCCAAAGACGAGGAGGAGAAAGGACAAGGAGUAGAUAAUGUCGAUGGCAAAGAGAAAUCAGAUGAAACAAAAACAAUUGAAGCUGGUGCCGAAUGUAAAGAGAAGACAGACGAUCAAGAGUCUAUAUGCUCCGGUUCAGGUCGUGAGACAGAGAAAACUGAUAAUAAAUCUACGGAAGCCAAAGAUAGUUCGAAGACUGAGCUUGAUGCUGCCAGUUCUGGCACCAAUGACACCGAAGAUGAUGAAACUAAGAAAAAUAUUAAUCUAACUGAUUCUCGUACCACCUUAGAAGAAAGACGUAAAAGUCUUUUGGAUCAUCAUUGGGCUAUACCUAGUAAAGAUAGACUAUGUUUAUCUAAUUCUCGAAGAUCAUCGGAAGAUGAGGGUGACAAUGAAUCGAAUACCACUGCCGAUAGUGGUGCUCGUGGUCAAGAUCCUCAUUCGGCUACAUCAUCAUUAAGCGGUAUUAUGGCUAAUUUGGCCAGUGGUAAUGUUAACGCCAUAGAUUUAGAAGAAUUGGAAGAAUUAUCGAAACAAGCGUGUUACGAUUCGGGUAUCGAUAUACGCGAUCCUAUACCAAAUGUACAACCCAUACCAAAGAAAACUGUUUACAGUGAUGCUGAUAUUGUAUUAAGCUCCGAUUGGGUGCCACCCAAACCCAUAACAAUAACACCCCUCAGUGAAUCGCCACCAAGAAGCAGUUUAGAUGCUGGCGGUUCACGCAAAAAGACUACUAGCGUGAGUUUUAGUGUAGAUGAUGAGAAUCAAGCUCAAGCUGCUGCUAGUGGCAAUAAUCAAAAUAAUCAGCAGGAUAAAAAUGCUGAUAAAAAGAAUAAGAUGUUAAAACGUCUUUCCUAUCCUUUGACUUGGGUUGAGGGUUUAACGGGCGAUGGUGCUCCCAAUUCUGCUGGCAGUGUUAACAAGUCUCAGGAUCAAGAAUCUGCCCCCAAUACUGGUGAUUCUAAUCAAAGUGUUUUCUCAAAAGUAUUUUCUAGUUCGCCCAUUACUUUGGUCUCAGAGUUGGGUGGUAAUUUAUUUUCAAAAACACCGUCCGAAGAUUCGAGUGGCUCUCCGGUGCCACCUCUAACACCACAUUCCACUCAUUCCGAGGGUCAUAUUUCCUCAGGACGUUCUUCUAUAGGUACUUUCAUACGUCCUUUAUCUUCGGAAGGUACUGCAUCUACUACCAAACUUAAAGAUAAUAAACAACAGCAACAACCAAAAUUGGAUUAUCGUUCUAUGGUUUCAGUAGAUGAUAAGCCUGGACUAUUUGUCAGUGUCGAUAAACUUAUACCCAGACCUGCAAGAGCUUGUCCAGAUCCCCCAUUGUAUUUACGCUUGCGCAUGGGUAAACCUAUAGGCAAGGCCAUACCAUUGCCAACAUCGGUAAUGUCUUAUGGUAAAAAUAAACUGAGACCUGAAUAUUGGUUUAGUGUACCUAAAAAUCGCAUUGAUGAAUUGUAUCGUUUUGUCAAUACCUGGGUUCCUCAUCUCUAUGGUGAAUUGGAUGAGGAACAAAUCAAGUCUCGUGGCUUUGAAUUAAUACAAGACGAUACGGAAUGGACACAAAGUGGCACCAAGAAAACACGUUCGGGCAGUCAAGAGGGUGAAGAAAUCACCGAUAUUACACGUGAAUCUUGGGAGCUUAUUAAGGCUCCAUUUGCUAAGACCUACAACAUUAUUAAAACGGCUUCACAUGCCGCAUCUGCUGAUUUGGAUUUAUUAAGCGGCGAGGUGCUGUCUAUGAGCAGUGAAGAUUAUCGCAAAUCUUCAAUAUUCCAAACAGGAUCAUUUGAUUUAGAUUUCCCCAUACCAGAUCUAAUUGGAACAACAGAAAUUUUAACAGAAGAGCAUCGUGAAAAACUUUGUGGCCAUUUACCUGCCCGCGCUGAAGGUUAUUCCUGGUCUUUGGUCUUUAGCACAUCUCAACAUGGAUUCUCAUUAAAUUCCUUAUAUCGUAAAAUGCAGAGACUUGAGAGUCCCAUACUCAUAGUUAUACAAGACACAGAACAGAAUGUAUUUGGUGCAUUAACCUCCUGUUCCCUGCAUGUAUCAGAUCAUUUUUAUGGUACCGGCGAAUCCCUGUUAUACAAAUUUAAUCCCAGCUUUAAAGUUUUCCAUUGGACUGGUGAAAAUUUAUAUUUUAUUAAAGGCAAUGUGGAAAGUUUGUCAAUUGGUGCUGGAGAUGGCCGUUUUGGAUUAUGGCUUGAUGGUGAUUUAAAUCAAGGUCGUUCACAAUCCUGCAGUACAUAUGGCAAUGAGCCAUUGGCGCCACAAGAAGAUUUUGUUAUUAAAACACUCGAAUGCUGGGCAUUUGUUUAAACAAAACUAACCUAUAAAUUAAUAAUAUUUAAAAUUUCUUUUGUUUAUGAUGUAUUUUUAUCAUCAUCUCCACAAAAUCCAAAACCUUCUCCCUCAAAAAAAAAAAAAAAAAACAAACAACAUUUUUAUUUAACCACAUAAUACAUAAAUAAAUACAUACAUAUAUAUUUUUUAUUAAAUGAAAAUGAAAAACCUAAACGUAGACAAACAACAAGUAUAAGAAGAAACCAUAUUAAUUUAAAAUAUUUUUAUAUAUUAAACAAAAAACAAAUAAUUAUUAUACAAAACAAUAAUUUAAACGUUUCCAAAAACAAACGCUUAAAUAUUGAACAUGUUUAUAUAAAUUAUACAACAAAAUUUUGAAUUUUUAAUUGUUGUUAUAUAAAAAAAAACCAAACAAGUUAAUUAAAAUUGUGAAAAAAAAGCUGAAAAAAUAUUUAGAAAUUGAAAG